AUAAGCAAUUAGCCCACAUCUUGAUCUACCUGCUCUCUCUGCUCCCUAGUUCUCUUGGUUCGCCGGAUAAAAGGAAAAAUAAAAAUGGUUGCCGUCUCCCCGCUGCUGCAAAGGCGCCUGUUAAGCACCAGCGUGACUAGAACCCACCAUAAACCUCAACAGCAAUGGAGCGUAAAGCAAGUCACAAAAUCAAACUUCGCUGACACUCUUGAGGACAUAAAAUCCCAUGUCUCCAAUUCCGAUUUUGUGGCCGUGUCCUUGCAAAACACCGGCUUCUUCUCCGCCCCUUGGCAACGCGUCUCCCCUUUUGACACCGCCGACACGGCUUACUUAAAAGCCAAGUAUGCCGCUGAAAGGUUCCAGGUUCUUCAUUUCGCUGUUUGCCCCUUCACUGUCAGGGCUUCUAAAGUCACUGCCUACCCAUAUAAUUUUCACUUGUUCCCAAGAGCUGAACUAAAGAUGGAAAUGCCUUCUUACAGUUUUUAUUGUCAAACCUCGUCUUUGAUAUCUAUGGCUCGCCAAGGUUUUGACUUUAAUUCUUGCAUAAAUGAUGGUAUCUCAUACUUGUCCAGAGAACAAGAAUCUGCUGCAAAAAUUCAGAUGGGGAAUCCAAUACUUGCAAAGAAUGUGACAGAAUCCACUUCUACCCUUUCUGUUGCUGAUUCUGUAUUCGUUGAAAGGAUUAAAUCACACAUUAAAAAUUGGAAGAAAGCAUGUAAAGAAACUAGCACAAGGAAAGAAGGCAACCAAAUUCAAGAUGCUCUGGUCAGAUCCCUAAGAAAACUCGUUCUAGGAAAUGAAGAGUAUGAUUCAAGACCGUGCAUGAAUAUAGAUGUUUGCAGUGAACGCCAAGCGCAGCUUGUGGUUGAGAUGUUGCAAGAAUUUGCUGAUGAUGUUGUUCCUUUAAUAAUUCCAGCAAAGGGUGGAGCAAUGCAGGCAGUUCGUGUUGUUUUAACAAGUUCAAAGGAGGAUAAAGAUCUUCUGCAGGGAAAGCUUCAAAAUGACGAACAGGAACUAAAGAAAAAGGUCCGUGGCUUUCGAGAGGUGAUCGAUUUGAUAUCUGCUUCUCAGAAGCCUGUUGUCUCGCAUGGUUCCCUUAAUGAUUUAACAGUUAUUCAUUCAAAAUUCAUAGCUCCCCUGCCUCCUACAGUGGAUGAGUUUAUGUGUUCCUUGCGUUUGGCUUUCCCCCUGGUAAUUGAUGUCAACCAUCUGAUGAAGGAGAUCAGUCCUCUGAGAAAAGUUACUAGUAUACCUGUAGCUAUUUCUCAAUUAAAGAAUCGGUUCUUUACACCCAUUGAUAUGGAAAUUCCAUGCCAAGCUAUGGAAAAUGAAGACACUAUUCAUGGGCAAAAUGUUGUGAAGAUUUGUGAAUUGUUUGCUAGGCUAUGCAGUAUACUCAAAAUCGAUCCUGCUGCUGUCAAAUCAGAUGAAGAAAAAGGGGCUUCAGCCCUUGAAGCUUACGCAAAUAUUUUCAGUCCAUUCUGUACUGCAUCUGAAGAACCAAUAGAUGGAGAAAUCAAAAUAUGGACUAACAACACAAGAACUGUGAGCUGUGAGGAUAUGGUUUUCUUGUGGGGAUUUGGGGAUAGGGUGACAGCUGGGAUACUAAAGAGCCUGCUACAAGAGUCUCAUGAAGCUUUCUCCAAGGAAUUUGAUGUGCGAUUGGUAGAUAAUAGCUGCGCCAUUGUGAUUUUCUGGCAACAUGGGUUGACAGAAACUUUUCUGAAUACCAUGAAUAAGUGCUCAGACAUGCGCGGACCUUUGAGGGAGAUGGUUUCAGAAGGUCUAAGAGCUGCAGGGUAUGAGACUUACAAUAGAGCUUGUAGGUUAGGUUUAUGGGAGUCAAGUUUAGCAGAUUCCUUAGACAGAGCCUUGGCUGACUCUGACUGUGCUUCCGAAGCUGAUUCUAAAACGAAGUGUUCAGAUAGGUGCAAUGAGUGGAUAAUUAACCUGGAUGAUCUCUGAUGCUUAGUUUCUGUUUAUUGAGUUCGAGACGCGCAUAGCUAGUCUUUAUUCAUAACAAGGUCGAAGCAUAGAACUUUUACCUUUUUAUCGAAGACGAAACUAGCUUGGCAGCGAUAUGACACUUCUCUCUGGUUUCUGGUUAGAAGUGAGUUUCCCCCAUUGUAGGCUUCAAGCCGAUUUGAUUAGAGAUAUGCAUUUGCAGUUCUGUUCCCGGUCUGUAUAAUGAGUUUCCCAUGUUGUAUUUUGGUGAUUUUGUUAUAGAUCCUCUCCCUCCCUCUCUUUAGAAACCUCUAUACCCGUUUUGAGUUGCAUCCCAAGCCUAUAAAUUCUGUAGUUAAAUCCUAAAUAUUUCCAGUUUCGUCUGUAGUCAAUGUUUUUCUUUUAAUAGCUUGUAGGUUUAAUAUGCACUUGAAAAGCAAGAAGAUUUGAUGGGAAGUUGAGCGCUCAACACCUUUUUGUCUAAUGCGCAUGUACAAGGAAAUUUGAUGGAAAUAUUGAUAUACAUUCAGAUUUUUUUUUGAAA